AUGCAGAAUCUGCUGGACGGAUCCCUGGAAGACUUCCUCAAGCGGCGAAGCAUGGCCGGCCGUGGCCUAUCAGGUGCGCCCAUCCAGCGUCUCGGACCCAGAUCCUUGGGAGCCGUUGCCCCAGCCUGGACCCGUGGACAGAGGGGGGUUCGCUGUCAGGGUGGAUCCCCGUCUUCGGUCCUCCUGGUUAUCAGGACGGCUGGGCCGGGGGGCAAGGGCGCACAGGACAGAGCUGGGCGGCGCGCGGGCUUUGGUGGGCUCGAGCACACUAGACAUCUCGGCUUCAAGCGGACGCACCUCGAUGUCAAGCCCGAAACGUCGAGGUCAGGUGGGCGAGCCUCUGCCGGCUACAUGUGGGUCAGGAGUUGGAAAAACCUUGACUGUCGACGGCGUCGUGGAGAAGCAGCAACGCCUUCCCACGCCCUGCGGCCCCUGUCAGGAACGGCCUCACCUGGGGUUCGGUGCCAUGCGUCAAAGCACGUCGCUGAUAGGUAUCCGUUGAUUGGUAUGUAG